GUUCGUAUCUAGUCUCAUGCUUGUGAAAAACGUUAUCAAGAGCGCGUAUUUUCGAUUCAAGAACCCGGCACAAUGUGGAGAACCUUGUGCGUAUAGAUAUAGAAGUAUCAGCUUGAAUUUACUCGUUCAUUCUUAUUGCUUCGACGGACUGUAGGACUAGAUUUGGAUAUAUCAUUGUUUGCUGCUGUCCCCGUUGAUAAGAAUGAAAUGUUAAAGAAAAGUGCAAGACCGACAGAGACUAUUUAUUUUGCUCGUGUUAUCUUCAAGUACCAUUCAGCCUUUGGACAUUUUAAUACAAUUCUUAUUCGGAUUCAACUAGCGAAAUAAAUGUAUUACUAUUUGUUCAUGCUUGUUUAUUUAAAGACGUAUUGUUGAGUUCCACCUGGAAAGAUUAUGCGUGUUUUUAAAAGUUUUGUGAAAUAUUUGAAAUAAAUAACAUUCGUGUCACUGUGGGUUCGAGUGCACGUACUGUGUCGUUGUAGUAAGAACAAAUCUUUGAGCUAAAUAAAAUAUGUGCUUAGGGUUUAACAUUUCAACGCAAUAGUGUAAAUAUUACCCGUUCAGUAUGUAUAAUAACCAAGAGAAAAUUAAUAUCAAUGGUGUUACUCGUAACAACAACUAUGGAACCGUCGAGGGCAGAAGCGAAAGAAUCCCUAGUCUAACAUCUCCAAGAAGAGUUAUUUACUGUGUCCAUGGUAAACCCAGCGAGGGGUGCUGCAGAGUAUUAGAAGGGGAAGUUAUGGACAAUGAACCCCAGAGCAAUUCCAUAACUUCCCUUGCUAAGGAAAAUGUCGACACUUCGGAAUUGGUUAACAAACACUGUCACCUAUCUGAUGAGCCAGAGGUAGACAGAAGGGCCAGAAAAAAACUCAUUAUUGCCAGUAUUCUAUGUGUAAUAUUUAUGAUUGCCGAAAUUGUUGGUGGUUACAUAUCAAACAGCUUAGCAAUAGCUUCAGAUGCCGCUCAUUUAUUAACCGAUUUUGCCAGUUUUAUGAUUUCCCUGUUUGCUUUGUAUAUGGCUAACAAACCGAAAACGAAAAAAAUGCUGUUUGGGUGGUACCGAGCCGAAGUUAUUGGCGCUUUAACAUCCGUGUUACUCAUUUGGGUUAUUACGGGAAUUUUAGUCUACAUGGCUAUUCAGAGGAUAAUUUAUCAAAAUUUCGACAUCGAUGCAACUGUGAUGCUGAUCACUUCUGGAAUUGGAGUUGCUGUUAAUAUAAUCAUGGGCUUAUCGCUUCAUCAGCAUGGCCAUAGCCAUGGCGGUAGCGAACAUGAUCUCGAAAAGGGCAAAAAAGAGGAAACGCAGAAUAUUAAUGUUAGAGCAGCUUUUAUACAUGUUAUAGGUGACUUUUUGCAGAGUUUUGGAGUGCUAGUAGCCGCUAUUGUAAUCUAUUUCAAGCCGCAAUGGGUAAUCGUUGAUCCUAUAAUGACUUUUGUGUUUUCAAUAUUUGUUAUGAUUACCACAUUUGCCAUAAUAAAAGAUGCAUUAUUGGUCUUGAUGGAGGCAUUGCCUAAGGGAAUCGAUUUUGAAGAAGUGAUGAAUAUCUUGGUCAACAUUGACGGAGUUAAGAGAGUACAUAAUUUGAGGAUAUGGGCUUUGAGUUUGGAUAAAAUUGCCAUGUCAGCACAUGUAGCAAUAAGUCCAGGGACAAAUCCGCAAAAUGUGCUAAUGAUGGCAACGAAAAAUAUUCACGAUAAAUUCAAUUUCUUUGAAAUGACCCUACAAAUAGAGGACUUUGAAGAAUUCAUGGAAGACUGCAAACAAUGCCAAAAUCCUUAAAUCAUUUUAAUACGGAGAUAUUUAUUUUAGAUGUUUAAUUUAUAUUUGUUAUUAGAAUUACCAAUACACAAAUCCGUCAAUUUAGAAAGUAUUUUUAUCAAACUGUUAGACAGUUUUAUGAUUGUUUAAAUGUUUAGAAAAUUGUAUUUCAUUAAUAUAACGCACUAUGUUCAGCACAUAAAUUACAGAAUUUAUUAACAAA